UCCACUGAUAUGGUUUAGAUUUUUAGAAACUUAAGUUCUUCUUUUCUCUGUUUUUAAAAAUCAGUAUCAAUCCACAAAAUGUUUUGGGACGAAGAAUUAGAUUUCACUUUAAAAUCAAAGAUACCAGCAAAAAAAGGUAGAAGAGCAAAUAAUGGAAGCAGUCAAAAAGAUUCCUCAAAUGAUUUUUUCCAAGGUACAGAAAUUCCACCACAAAUUAAAAAGUCAGGUGGAUGGGCUGAUGAAGCGUUAAAGGGCAAAAAGAAUAAGACUUUAAACGUUUUGGAACAGCAACGUUUCACAGAUAAAUCAAAAGAAGAAAUUUUUAAUAAUAUACCUGAAAUACCAGAUUCAGAUGAUCUUACAGAAACAUUUUCAGAUCAAAUAGCAGCAGCACCCAAUGUUGUUGUAAAUCGUACUGAAACUUAUUCACAAAUUAAUAAAGAUUUAAUGAAAAAUAGUUUAUUAAGUGCAUUAGGCAAUGCGGACAUAUCAAUUUUAACAGAAGGUCUUGCAAGUGAAGAAUCGUUACGAUCAGUUAUUGAAUCCGAUAAACCAUGGACGUUUGAUUCAUUAUUUUCAGAAUUAUCAGAAGAAUAUUAUAAAAUGCAUUGUAAUUCUGAAACAUCACCUAAUGUUUGAAAAAAUUAUGUUUUUUUAAGAUGAUUACCUUAUAGUUGGUAUUUUAAUGUUUAUAAUAAUACAGGCCCGUGCGCACGGGAGGCGUUUUGGGGAUCAAGUUCCUCCCAUUGAAAAUCUGGCAAUAUAAAUUUUGAAUUAACAAAAUAGUCCUGUAAAUGAACCCAUUUAUGAAACGCAUUUCCACUGACAAAUCAGUUAUCCACAUCCAUGUAUAUUUUGAGCUUGGUGCAUUCUGUGACUUUGUCUUUGAGUCGAGUACUUCAAACAGAAAA